GUGACUACAAAUGUGUGAUUUUGUCUGUGCUCAGCAAAACCCAAUUUACUAAAGCUCGCUCACUACCUACCAGAAAACCCUACUCACUCUUCAAGAGAAUCUGCUGCCAAAUGCCUUCUUUUGCCGCUUGAAGCUCCUUCUGGAAAAUUCAGGUGUCAUUCUUGAACACUUAAAUCUUGCAAGAAGGGGGAGUUCUAUGGAUUAUAGCUCCGGGGAAGACACUGAUAUAAGUGAAUCAGAGAUUGAAGAAUAUGGAGAAAAAUCUUACGAAGAUUUGAAGAGCGGAAGCCGUUCUCUUAAGAUAUCAGAUGUGGCAUAUACUUGCCCAUAUUGUCCAAAGAAAAGAAAGCGUGACUUUUUGUACAAGGAACUCGUACAGCAUGCAAGUGGGGUGGGAAGCUGUAGCUCCAAUAAAAGAACUGCAAGAGAAAAGGCGAAUCAUCUUGGGUUGGCAAAGUACUUGGAAACUGAUGCUGCAGUUGCUGCUGAUUCAUCUAAACCUGAUGCCGAGCCAGAUACUCAAACUGACCCUCUUGCGGAUCAUGACCGUGAUGAGAUGUUUGUCUGGCCUUGGAUCGGGGUUGUUGUGAACAUUCCUACUGAAUACAAGGAUGGACGCAAUGUGGGAGAAAGUGGUUCUAAGCUGAGGGAUCAGUUGACAAGGAGAGGUUUCAACCCUACAAGGGUACGUCCUCUGUGGAAUUACCAAGGCCAUUCUGGUACAGCUCUUGUUGAAUUCAACAAAGACUGGUCAGGAUUUGGUAAUGCAAUGGCGUAUGAGAAGGCUUAUGAGGCUGACCAUCAUGGCAAGAAGGACUGGAAAGUCAACCAUAGUAAAAACUCUGAUCUGUAUGCUUGGAUUGCUCGUGCCGAUGACUAUAAAGCUAUUAAUAUCAUCGGUGAAAAUCUCCGCAAGGUUGGAGACCUUAGAACCAUUUCCGAUAUCAUGGAAGAAGAAGCUCGGAAGACGAACAAGCUCGUUUCUAAUUUGACAAAUGUUAUUGAAGUCAAGAAGUUACACCUAAAGGAGAUGGCAGACAAAUUUAAGGAGACUUCACAGUCUUUGAAACAAUUGGUUGAAGAGAAAGAUAAACUGCAUCAAGCGUACAAUGAAGAGAUAAGAAAAAUCCAGUCAAGUGCACGUGAUCAUUUCCAGAAGAUAUUUAAUGAUCAUGAAAAGUUGAAAUUGCAAUUGGAAUCGCAAAAGAAAGAGCUUGAGCUACGAGGUAGAGAACUGGAGAAACGCGAGGCGAAAAAUGAAAGUGAUAGGAAGAAACUGUCUGAGGAUCUUGAACAGAAUGCUACUCUAAAUACCUCACUUAGUGCCGCAGCUGAAGAGCAAAGAAAGGUUGACGAGAAAGUACUGAAAUUGGCUGAAGAGCAGAAGAGGCAAAAGGAAGAUCUCCAUAAGAGAAUAAUUCAGCUGGAAAAACAACUUGAUGCGAAACAAGCGGUAGAGCUUGAAAUUGAGCAGUUGAGAGGGUCAUUGAACGUGAUGAAACAUAUUGAAGAUGAAGGUGAUCAAGAAGUUUUGAAAAAGGUGGACACACUCCUUAAAAGUUUAAGAGAGAAGGAAGAGGAAUAUGAUGGUUUGGAAGCAUUAAAUCAAACUCUGAUAGUGAAGGAAAGAAACAGUAAUGAUGAGCUGCAAGACGCUCGCAAAGAAUUGGUUAAUGGUUUGAAGGAACUACCGAGAGUUGGUCCAAUUGGUGUUAAGAGGAUGGGGGAGCUUGACAACAGACCAUUCCAUGAAGCAAUGAAGAGGAACUAUAAUGAGUCAGAAGCAGAUGAAAGAGCUACAGAGUUAUGCUCAUUGUGGGAGGAAUACCUUAGAGACCCUGGAUGGCAUCCCAUUAAAGUCGUUAUGAUUAACGGGAAACCUGAGAAUGUUAUAGACGAAGAAGAUGAAAAGCUGAAAGACUUGAAAAGAAAUUAUGGUGAAGAAGUUUGCAAAGCUGUGACAGCAGCUUUGAUGGAGGUAAACGAUUACAACCCGAGUGGAAGAUACAUCAUCUCAGAGCUGUGGAAUUAUGCGGUGAAUAAGAAAGCUACUUUGGAGGAGGGAGUUACUGUGUUACUAAACAUGUGGAAAAAGAAGAGAGGAUCUGAUUGAGGCUUCUAUGUGCUUUCCUUAGCCGUUUAGGCAGCCCCAAGAAUGGGGUGGGUGUGAUAACAUGUGACAACAACUUCAAACUCGUAAUAACUAUUAGAACCAUGAAUUCUUGUGUGAAUAAGAUGCACUCUGUGUUCCGAUUACCCUGUCGUUUAUUUUAUUUGGGGGGUUGAGCUUCCUCCUCCUGUGACUUAAUCAUAAGGAUAAGGUUUUCAAUGCCA